AUGUUUAACGAGCUCGCAGGAGGGAGCUUUCGAAUUCCAUGGCUGAUUUGGAUCCAACUAAUUGUUCUCUUUCUUCUUUUUGCACUCUUCUAUUGUUUCACAAUCUCUGACGAUGAAGACGCCUCCGUCUCCGCUUCCAUCUCGCCGGAAACUUCCUCCGUCCCUUCUAAAAGCUUCCGUUUCGAGGAGAUUCAACGGAUUGACAAACCACUGUUAACAGGCAAUAAUGACUCAAUUACCCCUGUUUCAAGUAACGGUCAACACCACGAUAUUACUAUGAAGGGUGUGCAGAAUCUAAGUAUUAAAGAUGAGAUAGAAACAUGUUCAAGCAUGAGAAGCGAAGAGCUUUUGGAGGAGGAAGAGUCUUCAAAACUGAGUUCCCACCCUUGCAAUUUUUUUCAAUUAGCCACAGUAGUAUUUCUCAAAUGUUUUGGUCUUGAUGAUUCCACAUCUGGUUCUUCAUCAAAACAAAAAUGUAGAAAAAGGAAAGAAAGUUGA